GUUUUAUUUAAAAAUGGGUUGAAGCGGAAGCACACAAAGACCUAAAGGCGGAAAGAGCCAGCCAGGCAAGAAAAAUGAUAAGCAGAAUGCUAAGAAAGGGAUUAAGAGAAAGAGAACCUGGAUUAAAGGGGGUAACCCAGAUGCCCCAGUCCAAGCUGCUCAGAUGGAGGCAUAUGAAAGUGAAAAUGUUCAAAAUAAGCAAUCAAAAUCUAUGAAUUCAGGAGUGAAAUCUUUUAAAUCUAGGAGAAAACCAGAAGACCCUAAUAAAGUUGCUGAAGGGCCUGCGAAGAAGCCAACUGCACAGAUUGUAGUUUCAGAUAACUUUAAUAAUGACGACAUUACAAAGAUUGUGGAAGAAUAUAAAGGACUUAAGGACAAUGAAGUUUCUGGAAAUAGGCCAAAAUCUGCCACUCUAUUCGGGAAGGACACUUACGACACUGAAGAUUGGUCAAAUGUACUCUUUGCAAUUUAUAACAAAGACUUGAGAGCCGUCAGAUACUUUAUCGAGCAUCUGAGAUAUCACAGGAGGCUGAGCACGCGGAAAAGAAAACUCGGCAUGGACGAGACUAUUUAUGAAGCUGAGGCUUUCUGAUUAAUCAUUGCUAUUAGUAAUCAAGAUCAAGCCAUCCUUGAUUACUUGUGGUCAAUGAACGAGCUGUGGGAUUAUGAGCACCUUAAAGUUGUCCUCCAGGUGAUAUUUACCAGAAAUUUAUGGACUGAAGGAAUGAAGAUUCUACUUGGAUCUGAAGCUACCCAAGAUAUCUAUAACUCCUUGAGCUAUGCCGAGAAGAAGCAAUUCAUGCUAGAGCUUUUCUACAGAUACCUACAUUAUGCUCCACAUGAUAUAAAGGAUUAUAUUAAGCAAGUGUCCCUGGAGAGUCCUUAUUCCUUAAUCGCAAUGGAACAUAUUAUGACAGAAAAUGAUCCAAAUAGCAUUCAGUUCAUUGAUGAUGUAAUGAAUUAUGUCACUGUUGAGGACUAUGCUAAGAUGAAAUAUGAGGCAGACAUCAACUUUUUAAAGGAUUGGAACGCCAUAUAUACCCAAUUUAUUGCCAGAACUGACGAAUGGGUGAAAAUAGCAAAGAAAGUGAAAAAGUUCUUUAGUUCACUUGAUUCAGAAAUGGAGAAAACACCAAUCUUCAAAACUAAGAAAGAUUAUGAAGAAUUCUUAGAUAAGAUUGAUUCUGCAGCAGAAGAAGGUACUAUGGCCAAAUUGGAGUCUUAUGUUGAGGAGUGUGGUAUCAGAAAUUUACGAAGGACUCAAACUUCAAAUCUGGUGUUGCUCCCAGAUAUGAUUCUUGUUGAUACAUAUUGGAACGCCAUCCAUAUUGCCUUGUUUAAGGGAAACCUUGAUGUGGUUAAAUACCUUCUUGAGGAAUGUAGGAUUGAUGCUGCUUCAUCAGUAAGGCUUGCAAAGGACAAGUUAAAUGUUGAUCGUACAUACUCUGUAGAACACGAAGCAUUCUCAAUGUUUCUGGCCAUUCUUGACAAGAAUCCAGAAACGGCUGAAUACUUAUGGAUCGAACAUGAAUAUUACUGGAACCAUGACCACCUGAGAGCUGUGAUAAAACUCAUUGAGGAGAAGGAGGUCAAGGAGCUUGCUGGCACUAUCCUUAAUAACAAGACAUCCCACGACAUUUUUGCCUACCUCCCAUUCGAUGAGAAGAUAAAGUACAUGGAAUGGCUUGCAAGCGAGGAUCGGAAAUACGCUGAAAUCUACAAGAAAGCUCUCAUGCAGAAGCCAUACCGCUGGGCUUAUCUCAUCUUCAAGGCGAAGAACAUCGAGGAGAUAGAGGACGAUGAAGCCAAGGAACUCAAGAAGAUCGGUGACGAUGUCAAAGAAGACGAGUUCGAGAUCAAGGAUCCGAAACAGCUUCGCCCAUACCACACUUUCAUGAAGAAUUUGGCCAAAGUAGAAGAGGACGAUGAGCAGUUUCAGAUUUAUAAAUCUGCAACUAAAAAGUUAGUGAAGAAACCUGAGCUCGAGGAGUAUAAGGCUGAAGAUAGCGAAGAAAAGGUCCUCACUGAGAUAGACGAAGAAGAUGAAAAUGGAGAAGAUAUAGAAGAAGACGAGUCUGAUUUUGAAGACGAUGAAUUUGAAUUCCCCUCUAAUGAAGAGAUCUGUCAGUGGGCCGAAGAAGGCAAAUUAAAGAGGCUACAAAAAGUCGUAGCUCAUAAAGACUUUAUAGACUUCAAUUUGAUCAAAGGGUACGAGAACCAAGUUACUAUUGGUGAAGAGGAGUAUAACACUGAGCUAUGGAACCCAUUGGUGUUUGCUAUAAACAAAAACAGGCUCAAUGUUGUAGAGUACUUUUUCAAUGAAGGAAAGAUUAAUAACAGACUUGCUCUAAUGGAUCCUGAUAAACAAGAUGUUGAGUAUCAUGAGAAAGUAUUCUUUGACAUUCACCCAUCCUAUGAACUCCAUAAUGUCUUCAUCCCAAUUCAGAAUCAGCAUCUAGACAUGUUCAAAUUAGUAUGGGAGAACGGUAAUACUAUUUGGGAAGAGGAACACUUCGGUUUGGUGCUAGAAAAGAUCCUGAAUACCGAAUGGAUAGAAGGUCUCACUGAAUUCAUGAAAUCAAGAACAAGCAGAGAGAUUUUUAUAUCUCUUCCUUUUCAUACCAGAACUAUAUGGCUUGAUUCUGUUGUAAAUAUUUACGAAGAAGCUGAUAUCGAGGAUGAAAACAUCAAGAGUACCUUUUAUUCCCUUAUUUCAGAGUCUCCUUACAGUUUGGCAAUGGCUAUUGCUAAUUUUGAUGAUGAUGAUGAUAUGAGCCAAUAUGUAAAGAAGGCUAAAGGAAAUCUGAAGGAGCCUGAAUAUAACUUCAUCAUUUUCUCGGAAGAAAUUGAUACAUAUAAGGCAGCCUUUGAAAAGAAUGGCUUGAAAGAUGUAGCUGAAGAACUAGACAGGUAUAAAGCGUUCAUGCAGACACAUUACAGGAUCAAUAUUAAUAGUGCUGGAGCUUCUAUUCUAACUCCACAUACGAAGGAAGUUGAGUUGUUUAAGAAGGAGCCAAGGUAUGCUCAUCUUAACCUACAUGCUAUUGCAAUGACUGAGAAAAAUAAUGCUAUAUGGCCUCUAGUAAAGGACAAAGCAGCUCUGGAAUUUCAAAAAGGACAUAGGUGGGACUUGCUCAGUCUCGCUCUAUUCAGUAAGAACUCUGAAGUGUUCAAUAGCUUAAUGAAGGAUACUAAGCCACUGACAAGUAUGAUAUUCAAGUUGGAGGACACACCUUUUUCUGAUAAAAAGAAGAAUGAGUAUGUAUCUAGACUUCAAAGCUUGAUUCAGUAUUCUGGAGAUAUAGAGGUGUUAUUCAACGCCACUGAGAAGCACUCAAGCAUGUUCACAUUUAAUGAGGUGUAUUCCAUGAUCAAGAAUAUUCUUCAGAACGGGACUGCCGUUCAAGUGAAAAUCCUGAACUCAAGGCUGGUAAAGUCAUGGUUUGCUUUCAUGAGUGACGAGUCUAAGAUAAAGCUGAUUGAGGAGAUGUUCGACUGGGCUGACGAAAACAAGGAGACACACAAAGCUCUUCAGAAUGCCCUCAAAACUCCUCUUUACGCCGAACAUGCUAGUGACUUGAUUCCAUCUGAAAAAGCUGAAAGCGAAUCUGACGGUGAAGGUGAAUCGGAUGAAGAAGGCGAAUCAGAUGAUGAAGGCGAGUCUGACGAGGCUGAAAGUGCCAGUGAAGACAAUGCCAGUGAGGAAAGUGACUCUGAUGAUGAAGAAGAAGGUCUGAGUGAGAGUUAUGAUCAGAGUGUAACUAUUUCUACUUAAUUUUGGAGAGGUCAAAGAGUUUAAUAUA